AUUUUGUAAUGAAGAAUGAACGGCCCAGAUUCAAAAUCUCCGAUCCCCCUUCUCCUUUAUAAAGCUUAUGUUCCAAAACCCUAGCACCGUUUUGUGCGAACCGAAAACCUCUCUCAGUCCCUGCGCACAGACAAUGGGGGCCUACAAGUAUGUGUCUGAGCUAUGGAGGAAGAAGCAGUCGGACGUCAUGAGGUUCCUGCAGAGGGUGAGGUGUUGGGAGUACCGCCAGCAUCCUUCCAUCGUUCGAGUUACAAGGCCCACACGGCCCGACAAGGCUCGCCGUUUGGGUUACAAGGCUAAGCAGGGUUAUGUAGUUUAUCGUGUGCGUGUCAGGCGCGGUGGUAGAAAGAGACCAGUUCCUAAGGGAAUUGUUUAUGGAAAGCCUACCAACCAGGGUGUCACUCAACUGAAAUUUCAACGCAGCAAGAGGUCAGUUGCUGAGGAACGUGCUGGUCGGAAGCUAGGAGGUCUCAGGGUGCUCAAUUCCUACUGGCUUAAUGAGGAUUCAACUUACAAGUAUUUUGAGGUAAUACUUGUUGAUGUUGCCCAUAAUGCCAUCCGGAAUGACCCAAGAAUCAACUGGCUGGCUAACCCUGUUCACAAGCAUAGGGAGCUUCGUGGUCUUACGUCUGCUGGCAAGAAAUACAGGGGACUGCGUGGAAAGGGACACUUGCACCACAAGGCAAGACCUUCCCGCAGGGCUACCUGGAAGAGAAACAACACCCUCUCCCUUCGUCGCUAUCGUUGAUUUUUCUUUGUGUCGUUGUGUGUUACGUCUUUUGGUUUUUUUUCUAGAUAUUGUCUGGAGGAGAUUAAAGUUAAUUUUGGUUUUGAAGUUUUGAUUUAGAUGAAUUAUGUUAUCUAAUUAUCCAGUUAAGAGACUUGAGAAUACAUUUGUUUCACGACUCACCCCUGCGGUGAAUGGCAUAUCAUGUUCAUGUCUUA